CUUGGUUCUUUGUUGAUAGAACAAGUUGGUGACUUUAUAAAGUCAUGUGCAGUGUCAAGCUACACAACGAAGAGCUUUGUUGGAGGACAUAAGCAGUAGCAUCUGGAUGUACCAAUUAAGCAAUAUUAAUAGUGAUAUGCCAUUGAAAGAAGUACAAAGUAAACAAGACACAGAAGAUAAUAUUAAAAACGUCAUAUCAUCCAAGUUACUGGAUAUUUGUAACACAGUUUGAAGUCUAUUACCGAAAUAAUUCAUACAUUGACGAAUCUACCAUGACAACUUGGAUGGACAAGUAUCCAAGCAGCCUUGUCGCUAAGGUGAAAAACAAGACGGAGAAAGGAAAGCCCUGGUUUGAAUUAUCAAUCGUUUGGGGUAAGUUUGAGAUGCUGUUGACUGGUGGAAUAUGUGGCAACAAGCUGUCGAAUGAUGUUGUGCCCUUUUUAGGGUUAAAUAUGCCGCUGAAGGAAUUAGUUGAUGGAGACUCUUUUACAAGCGAGAAUAUAUAUGUAAACUGCCAUGAUGAUGGCGUGAAAGCAUACUUUCAAGUAAGAAGUCUUAGAAACUGGAUAAAACUGCCAUCAUCGUUCGAAUGUGCCUGCAUCAGUAGUCGAUUUCACAGAAAAGACUUUGCCACUGUAAGUCCACCAAAUAAUAGAAAUAGUACCCCGUUAAUGACGCUGAUAUCGGUUAUUCUGAAUCACAUUUCUCAUCAAAAAAUAUUCAAGAAUGAACAGUAUGAAGUGAUUUUGAAGCUGUUCAAAGCUUUGCAAACAUUAAAGGAGUGGCAAUACCGCGAUCAAAUAAAGGCUUCCGUCACAAUCAAAAAAAGACUGGUUGCAAACAAAGGAAGCAGAGAUUUGAUAGCUCUAGCAGAAUACAUGUGUAAAAAUAAAGAAAAAGAACGAGAAUCCGCUGGAGCUGAUUACAGCCGACAAAGUUGUAUAUCUCUCAGCAAAACUACAUUCAUAUAUUCAAAAACAAAAUAAAAAAUCACUCAAUUGCUACAGAUUGUAAUGCAAACUAUAUAUCUACAAC